AUGCGCGGCUAUGCCGUGGCUGCGCAGCCGGGCGACGAGUGGCAUCAGAUUCUGAACCUGCUGUCGGCGGCUGCCACUGUGCGUCUGUAUGCCAGCGUCAUCGACAUCAACGUUGUCAUCACGGCCUGCGGACGCGUGCGCCGCUGGCGCCUGGGGACGGACCUCCUUGGCCUCCUACGAGAUCGCGGGCUGCGCAGCAGCCUCGUUUCGUUCAAUGCGGCCAGCAGCGCCACCGAACGAGGAGGCGCCUGGCAGCAGUCGCUUCGGCUGCUUGCCGUGUUGGCCCACUCGCAGCUUCGCGCCGACGAAGUUAGCAGUACAGGCGCUGUCAUGGCGCUGCAGUCAGGCAGGCUCUGGGCCGAAGCGCUGCACGCCUCCAAGGCCUUGGGAGGAGAUUUGGUUGCUCGAAGUGCCACCAUGAAAGACCAGCUCUGGUGGCGCUCGCUGCACCUUUUCCAGGGGCUGCGGGCCGCCUGCGAGCCCGAUGCAGUUGCUUACCUCCAAUCCUUGACGUCUUUGGCCCGACGUUGGGAGAAGCUGAUCUUGCUGUGGGCCCAAUGCCGGCACUGGGCGCUGUCCUCCCGCGCUGCCGCAGUGGUGCUGGGUGCCAGCGCACGCAGCAGGAUCUGGUGCUUGGCGCUGGCACUGCUGGCGGAGCUCCCGCUGCUGCGGCUUCGGAGAACCGCGGUGCUGGAAAGCGCUGCUGAGGGGACAGGCAAAACGCGGGCCCGCCACCGGUGCUGCCGCCCCGUUCUCAACACUGUUUUGUUUCGUGGGGCAACGGUUGGGGAGGGGAGGCAGGAAGCAGCGGACGUUGCCGCACAGGAGGCGGAUGCGCCGCAGAACGAAGGUGUGAGGCUGGCGUUCCUGGCCACAGAGCAGGGCAAACCGCUGGAUGCCUACGACCACGUGAUCAACUGGGACCAGGUGCGGGGUAAAGAGAGUGGCGCAGUAACCACUAUUUUCGGUCGAAACGUUGGCAUAUCGCCAACGUUUCACUUCAACCGCGAGUACGGGCAAAGGCGGGACGAGGCCAGGGCCCUGGCAGUUUGCGACCUCGUUGACUGCAGCAUCUUCAAGAGAAGGAGAUUGGCAGUCCACCUCCGCCCUGCUUCAGCUCAUGCAGAGCGCGCAAGUGCAGAGGAACGAGCACAGCGCUGGCGCGAGGGGUUGUUACUCAGUCCUGCCGAGCUGGGCAUCGAAGCGAAUCUGGUCUUCCGUGGCGCGUCGCUGCCGCGGGGCGCGUGGCCACAGGUACUCGUGCGCAUGUCCAUGCUGACAUCCGAAGGCCUUCCACCCAACGCCGUGAUCCUGGGCUCCGGCGCGGGGUCCUGCGCCAAGCAGGGCGAGUGGGUGAGAGCACAUCUUCUCCUUUGGCGCUACCUAGGCCUAGGCCCACGUUUCGACAUUGUGGCCGCGAAUGCGGGUUUGGGCCACGACUGGCGCGGUGCCCUGGCCCUGAGCUGCCUCUGGGCAGCCAAGGGCCUGGAUAGAAGUGCUGCCACGUACGGCGCCCUGAUUGGCGCUUGCGAGGCUCCUGGUCGUUGGCAAGAAUCGCUCGAGCUCCUCCGGCAAGCGGAACGAUGCGGCGCGGCCGACUGGCACCUGGCCCACGAUUUCAUCUUGAAAGCUGGGGAUCAGCUGCCAGUCGGCCAUAACCACCUGCGCAUAUGCCGAGCGUGA